GCUCGGUCAACGCUCGAUCAAUGCUCCAGUCAACCCCCGGUCAAACCCCGGUCAACUCCCGGUCAACGCCGGUCAACCCUGGUCAACACCUCCGGUCAACUCCUCUAGUCGGCUAUGGCUGCCGGCUUUACUUUCCUUCACCAACCUUCUUUGUUCCCUUCACCUUCCUCGCCUCCUUUCACCCUGCUGUCUUCUUUCUCUUUCUUUUUUUUUUUUUUUUUUUUUUUUUUCGUCUCUCCUUCCUCCUCCUCGGCUAUGGCUUCCCUCUCUUUCCUCGGUCUCUCUCUCUGUCUGGUCUCUCUCCCUCCUUUGUUACUCCGUGGUCAACUCCGCGGUUAUGGCCUUCUUCUUCUUCUUCGUGGGACUGCGCAGCAACUUCACAGGCCGAUAACGACCGAUGUGCGCAGGCCGAGCGCGCAUGCCGAUUUUGAGCGCGCGCCCCUGCCUUGGCGUGGCGUGGCCGCGCGCAGACUCGGACGCGCAGCCUCGGCCUCGGCCGCAGGAUCCGAAAUCGACGGUGUCACAUAGGGUGCAGGUACCGGGACAAAGUCAGUGGGUACCAAAGACGGCCAUCGCCGCUCCUAAACCCUUCACAGGGGAUAAGAGGGGCGAAGACCUUGACACUUGGUUGAGGGCAGUGCAGGUCUAUGUCAAGUGUAAACUUACCUUGCCGCAUGAGGAAGUGCUUGUGGCUGCAUCCUCCCUAGAGGGUAGUGCAGCAAGAUGGUUGAGUGGUUUAGUGCAGUUACAGGGGUACGAUCAUGACUUCCGCGCUUGGGCAGCCCACCAGAAACUGGAGGACUUUCUUAAGAUGGUGGAAGACAGGUGGCAUGAUUCUCAGGAGGCCCAAAAGGCUACUGACGCGAUCCUGACACUGCACAUGAGGCAGUUCAAGUCAGUUAGAGAGGCCACUGACGUUGUAGAGCGUCUGAUCUGUGUCCCUAGGGUGCGCUAUGAUCCCCAAGUCUUACUCACCUCCUACCUGAGAUGCUUUCCUAUGCCUCUCAGGAAUCAGUUGGCAGGUGAGGCCAACAUCAAUGUGCGUAACUUCCCCUCGUUCAGCAAGAAGGCCCUAGACCUUGAGGCAAAGAUAGGGCAUGGACAUAAUCCCACUACGGAUGGUAGGAAGAAGACACUGCCUCCCAACUGGAAGGCGAAGGGUCGCAUUAUGUUUGUCGAUAACGAUGGUUCAACCAUCGAGUUAGGCGACAACUUCCAGGAGGGAGUUGGUUCGGAGGCGGGCAGCGUAGAGGCUUCAAGGGGUGGAGUAGUCGCUGUCGUAGCUCAAAAAGACAGGUGCGAGGCUGUUUUCAGACAUCUGAAGCAUGCGUUGACGCAUCAUGAGGUCUUGAAACUUCCUGAUCCUGACAAGCCUUUCGUAGUAAGUACGGAUGCUGGCCAAUAUGGCAUAGGCGCCGUACUUGCGCAGCAGGAGGGGAAAAAGUUGAGGCCAGUAGAGUACAUGUCCAAAAAGAUGCCCUCUCAAAAGUUGGCUAAGUCCACCUAUGAGAAGGAACUCUAUGUGAUCUACAGGGCGCUCACCCAUUGGAGACACUACCUCCUUGGGAGGUUCUUCUACGUCAGGACUGAUCACCAGACCCUGAUGUGGAUGAGAACCCAGCCUGUGCUCUCUGACGCUCUGAAGCAUUGGAUUGAAGUCAUAGAGCAGUAUGACUCUGAGCCUCAGUACAUCAAGGGCGAGUACAACAAGGUUGCUGAUGCGUUGUCGCGUAGACGAGAUUUCUCUGGUGCGCUGAUCACUGAGUUUGGGCUUGCGGACAAUUCUACUCAGUCUUUGGUGGAAGCCUAUCACGAGGAUGUCGGAGAUUAUACGCAGACUUGAGGCGAAGGACAAAGCGACCUCUGCCGAGUUUGAGUUGUUCAACGGAUUGGUGUUCCUUGAGAAGGCAGGGAAUAAACGUUUCUAUGUGCC